AUGGAGAAAUCCCAAGCACGAUAUCAGAAUCACCAUCCCCAGGAGAAGAAGGAAAAACCUCAACAACAACAACAACAAAAGCAAAGUCAAAACCAGGAGAAGGCCAGGCAGCAUCCUGUUUGGGACUGUGGUAGCAAUCUUUAUGACUCGUUUGAACUCAACUCCUUCAACCGUCAACUCGACUCAGCAAUCCAUUCAAGAACCAUGUCCAUGCCUCAUCUAGUCGACAGAGCUCCCCCACAGUCAACCGCCUCUGCCCUUCCGCCUCCAGUUUCCAAGAAGCAGCUUUCCAAGUUCUCUCGCUCCAUUCAGAAACUCAUCAAAUCCAUGUUUAGAUUCAGACAAAGUUCGAGUUCUUCCCUUAUGUGGCUGAAACAAAGAUCGCACGACGACUACUACGUGGUUUACGACAAGACAGGUUCGCUCACAACCAUCCCCGAGGUCCCGGAGACUGAUUUUGGACGGCCUUCGCCGGAGAUUAACUCCUUGGUUGCUAAGAGAACUGCAUCCGAAAGAUUCACUGCAGCCUCCACUGUCGGUAUUUCAUGUGCUUGA